UAUAAUCCACUGUAAAUGUGUAAACUUACACGAGAAAAAGUCAACCAGAUAAUGAAUUGCAGCUAAACGCAUUCAGUUUUAAUUGCAGCUCCGAGCAAUAAACAUUAGAAAAGUUGUGAUAAUGGUAUCGAAGGAUAUUCCCGCUGAGAAUGCUGGUCCGAAAGUGGGCGUGCGACAUUUGCAAAGUAUGCUAAUAUUUUUCGGUUUGUGUGUGUCGUUUAUGCAACGCGUCAAUCUCUCAGUGGCCAUUGUGGCAAUGAUGGAUCGCAAUUCCACAAAUCCAGAUUUUCCGGAGUAUAGCUGGUCGGAGCGAACAAAGUCACUGCUACUGAGCAGCUUUUUCUGGGGCUACUUCCUUACGCAGGUACCAGGCGGUCAGCUGGCGCAGCGUUUCGGUGGUAAAAAAAUGUUGCUCUUCAGUGUCGGCAUUUCAGCAUUUCUCGCCUUAUUCACGCCCUACAGCGCGCAACUGGGCGAUUGGCAAUUCAUUUGCGCCUUACGAUUUCUGCAAGGCUUCUGUCAAGGUUCCAUAUAUCCUUCAACGCACACGAUUUUAGCCCGAUGGGCGCCACCAGCUGAACGCGGUAUACUUGCAACAAUUUGCUUUUCCGGUUCGCAAUUCGGCACGAUCAUCAUAUUGAGUAUUAGUGGUACAUUAGCGGCUUCAAAGUUUGGAUGGCCGAGCAUUUUCUAUGUUUCAGGCGGUUGUGGCAUUAUCUGGUCCUUUGUGUGGCUACUGUGGGGUGCUGAUUCACCACACCAAUCCAAAUUAAUAACACCAAAAGAGCAAUAUUACAUCGAAUCAGCAAUAGAAGUGAUUUCUAAGAGUGAGAAUAAUACCACCUCAGCAAAGUUGCCCACCCCUUGGUUGAGCAUAUUCACAUCCUUGCCAUUUUGGGUGCUACUCAUCCUCAAUUGUGCCUACAAUUGGGGCUAUUGGACAUUGAUGACACAAAUACCCUCGUACAUAAAGAAUGUUUUCGACAAGGAUAUCAAGAGUAAUGCCUUGCUUUCCGCCCUGCCAUAUGCCGCUAGUCUUGUACUCGGUUUGUGUUUCUGUGCGCUUGCUCAGGUACUGCUGUCAGCGAAAGUGUUGAGCACGAAUGCUAGUCGUAAGAUCUUCAACACGAUCGGCAUGUGGGUACCGGCAGCGGCCACAAUUGCGCUGGGGUUUGUUGACGCCAAUAGUGCUGAUUUGGCCGUUAUUCUACUCACUGUGGCUGUGGGCACCAACUCAGCAACAUUUUUGGGUGGAUUUGUGAACCAUAUUGACUUAUCGCCGAAUUUCGCCGGCACACUGAUGGGCAUUACAAACUGUGCGGCGAAUUGUAUGAGCAUUAUUGCACCGUUAGUUGUUGGCGUUAUUGUGACAGAUACGACAAACCCAAAUCAGUGGCGCCUUAUAUUCUACGUUGUGGCAUUUUACUAUUUCAUUGGCAAUUUACUUUUUAUAACUUUGGGUAGCACUAAAUUGCAGCCGUGGAACGAGCCGGUGAAACGAGACACAGAUCAUGAGCGUAUCAAAUUUCAAGUGGUAGUAGAUGACCUGGAGCCUAAACAAUCAAAACUUGAAUCUAGUUAGGUGAACAAAGAUAUAUAGAAUGAUGAAAGGAUCUUCAUAGCAUUCAGCAAACAAGCGCAGAUGGAGCAUAAUGCUAAUACAGAAAGUCCUAGAAAAAGUAUUAGAUAUAAGAAUAAAAAAUUUUUUAUAUUUCUUUGAAAUUUUAUUUUGUAACUAACGGUUGUUUGUUAUACCUAAAACUUUUCCAGAUAGAUAUUAAGUUGUUAUAUAUACCUAAAAGGUCAGGAUGAGCACAUGAGUGGAAUUCCGGGCGGCUGCCUAUACGUGUUUCUGUAAUGGUGUUGAAGAUGGCCGGGAUACGUUCAUUUCCUAAACCCAGAAACCCAGAAAAUGCAGUUAAGCAAAAAGCUGUAAAGAACGGUAAUCAUGCCACAAAGCAAGAUAUAAAACUGUAAUAUGGUACAAGGCAUUGAAGUUGUUCUUAAAGGUGGACAUGGCCACGUCUCUUAUAAGUUUAUUUUUAUAUCUCAUAAACUAGUAUCAUUAGCUAUAUCACAGAGCCUUGCGGAAGAGAAGUUCUGUUAGCAUGUAAAAAAAAAUAUAUAGUCGAUUCGCAAAACAUUAACCGAAAUAAUAUAUA